GGCCGACUGAUCUCGCUCGCUCAACGAUCUCGGCAACAUCCUCGGCGUCGACCGCAACUCUCCUGCCAGCGACAAACCCCUGUGCUUGGCGACCUUUCACUUCCUCACCCCCUCGCCGUUCUAGACCAUGCCAGUCCGCAUCCGCCUCGCCCGCCACGGGCAGAAGCGCGCGCCAGUGUUCCACAUUGUUGCGAUCAACUCAAGCAAGCGCCGCGAUGCUCGCCCUCUCGAGAAGCUGGGCGAGUACGACCCUAUCCCCCGUAUCCCCAUCGAGAACGCCAAGAUGCCACCACCCGCUCACGUGUUUGGCAACGACAAGGUCGCGAUCGCUAAGGAGAAGCGCAUUGAGUGGAACGUCGAGCGGAUAAAGUACUGGUUGGCAGUCGGCGCGCAGCCGACGCUGACGGUCGUGAAGCUUUUGGAGCGGGCUGGCAUCCUCACCACCCCGCACAAGUGGCAGCACCGGUGGUCCCCUCAGCCCGCGCCGGGAUCUACGGGAGCAGUUCAGCGUGCGGUGGCUGAGAAGGCGGCGAAGAAGGAGCAGGCUACGCCCAAGGCGGCGUAGAGGUCGUAGGAGACGAGAAGAAGGAAGCACUCCUCUAGCCUCUUGCAUGCGCGAUCGGUCGCGCGCACAUCAUAUGCAUUGUAUUUCACGGCGGGCAUAGGGCGA